UGGAGCAUAUUAAGUUGCCUUGGUUUGUGUCAUGACAGGAAAUUGAUUCAUAAAGAUGCCAUUGAACUCCUGAAGCUCAUAUUUAAGGAAAUCAGGAAAUUGAGCCGGAAAGACCUUGAAGAGAUGGAUAUCAUGAAAAUUUUAUACGAUGCGAUUGAGCAAGGAAUCAUUGAGUUCGUUGAAAAAAGUUUCAAAUAUAAGACCACAAUCAUAUAUAAAAGAGACGGAAAGGGCAGAACAAUUUUUUCACAUGCAAUUCUGCUUCGCCAAGAGAAAAUUUAUAGCUUUUUAAAUGCCUUGGAAACAAGAAAGAGCAUACUAGCACGUAGGCAUGAUUUCUUCGGCAACAAUUUGCUACAUUUAGCAGCCAAGGUGUCUCCAUUGUCUCAACUUGACAAGAUUUCUGGAGCAGCUCUUCAAAUGCAAAGGGAAAUACAAUGGUAUAAGGAAGUUGAGAGUAUUGUACAACCAAGGAUGAAGGAACAACGUAAUGCCUAUAAUAAAACACCUUCUGAACUCUUUACUGAAGAGCAUAAGGUGUUGGCUAAGGAGGGAGAAAGAUGGAUGAAAAAUACGGCAGGAUCAAGUAUGAUUGUGGGAACUCUCAUCGCUGCAGUCAUGUUUACAACAGCUUUCACAGUUCCAGGUGGUAAUGAUAGUAAAACAGGGCUCCCUGUCAUGCUAGAAACUCAAUCAAAAGCAUUUUUGAUUUUUAUGGCAUCAAAUGCACUGUCGCUGUUCACUUCUUCGACAUCAAUUCUAAUGUUCUUGGGGAUUCUCACCGCACGUUAUGCAGAAGGAGAUUUUCUCAAGUCCUUGCCCACAAAGCUAAUAUUUGGAAUCACGUGCUUGUUCGUCUCGAUAGUCACCAUGAUGGCGUCAUUUGGUACUGCUCUCUAUCUGAUGCUGAUCGAACAAGUAGCUUGGAUUUCCUACCCAAUCAUAGUUUUCUCUGUUAUUCCAAUAGCUCUUUACUCAUUGUUGCAAUUCCCUCUUCUGGUUGAGAUGAUCAGUCGCACUUACGGACAUGGCAUCUUCGAAAAACCUAAAAAGAAGCUCUAUAGUUUUGAAACCGACACUACUACCAGCAUCUGAUCUCCAUUCUGCUGCGUAUCUGUAUUUCAC